AUGUAUUAUCUACUCACGUCUAUUCGAGUUCUUGCCAUCCCAUUGGGCACCCACCCAAUUCUUCGUAAACAGAUUUCAUCCUUUACUGACGCCCUUCUCAAUGGCGUACCUGCUAUUGCUGGAUUGGACAGCACCAUCGUCGUCGAUCCACGCAGACUGCACUUUACAUUGGGCGUGAUGGCUUUGAAUGACCAAUCAGAACUUACAGUUUCUGCGGCAUUAGAGUUGUUAAACUCACUCAAAGCAGAUAUCUUGCAGAUCUUGAACGAGAGUGCCGAUGCCGAUGGUGGACCGUCAUCCCAGAAAUUACUCCCACUUCGCAUUUCAUUGGAUACACUGGGCAUACUGAAACCAGAGAAAGAAGGCGGGGGCAAUGUCUUAUGGGUCGGUCCAGACGUAGCUUCCAUCACAAGAGGGAAGGGGAAGGGGAAAGAAUUUCCUCCGACAAUGAGUGGAGACGUGGCAAGGCUUGUACGUGUAACAGACCUUAUCCAUCAGGUGUUCAGAGAAAGAGGAUUCAUCGUCGACACGCGUCCCUUGAAGCUCCACUGCACACUGGUAAACACCAGUUACCGCAGACCGAGGGCUCGAAUGCCGUUCGCAUACGAUGCUAUACUCCGCUCAAAUGCACUCAAAGACAUCUCGGUUGUGUCCUCAGCAGCACCACCAUCGUCCCACACCCAGCUCAACACGUCCUCGCACGCUGGUGUCUCCCCGGCUGGCGACAUCCAACAGCAAACGGAUACUAAUGAGCCUCCCGCAAGGAACACCCUACAUAGACUUGCGCGUGAUGAGCUCGUCAAGGUCAAUCUAGGUACUUGGACAGCCAAGGAGAUCCAACUCUGCGUCAUGGGAAGCCAUGGUCCUGAGAAUGAGUAUGUGAGCGUCGGGCGGAUAAGAUUAGACGCUGCCUGA